UCUCAGUUCCGUUCCGCCGGUGCAAUGGGUAGCCUCGGCGGGACUGCAGAGAGCAGCGCGCGUAUGAAGGGCGACCGAGGUAGCAGCGACGCCAGCGUGAUCGUCGACGGCGUGCGGUUGUUAAUGCGGCAGCCGACGAGCGUGCCCUCGAGGCGACACUGCGCUCCCCCUUCCCUCAUGGAGCGGAGGACGCACCGAAACGGCCGCCAGGAGGACAGGCGGGAGGAUUCAUGGCCGUCCAUGAUGAACAAUGAGCAGCCCAACCAGGAGCUCGUCAAGUGUGUCGUCGUGGGCGACACGGCGGUGGGCAAGACGCGGCUCAUCUGUGCCCGUGCCUGUGACACGCGCGUCACGCUGUCCCAGCUGCUCACCACCCACAUCCCGACUGUGUGGGCCAUCGACCAGUACCGCAUCUACAAGGAGGUCCUCGAGCGUUCCCUGGAGGUGGUUGACAGCGUGAAUGUGUCCCUGAGGCUGUGGGACACCUUCGGCGACCACGACAAGGACCGCCGGUUCGCCUACGGAAGGUCAGAUGUGGUGCUGCUGUGCUUCUCAAUCGCGAAUCCAGUGUCUCUGCGCAACUGCAAGGUGGUCUGGUACCCAGAGAUUCGUCAGUACUGCCCUAACACACCCAUCAUUCUGGUUGGCUGCAAGAAUGACCUUCGCUACAUGUACCGUGAUGAGGCCUAUCUGUCCCUCUGCCGUGACCGCAGUCCUUUCUUCAGGGGGCACCAUCCCUGCGUGUCUUGCAGGUUUCCAGAGUUUGGAAGGCCUCUCAGGGAGAGCGACUUAUUGCGACCAGAGCAGGGGCGCCUUCUAGCCAAAGAGAUUGGUGCUGCAUAUUAUGAAACAAGUGUUCUUACCAACUUUGGUGUAGCUGAAGUUUUCAGCAACGUUAUCAGGGCAGCUCUGCUGGCCAGGAAGCAGCAGCGCUUCUGGAUGACCAAUCUCAAGCAUGUGCAGCACCCAGCAAUUCAGGUGCCCUUCUGCCCACCCAAGCCUGUGGCACCUGUAGUGUCAGUGCCGGCCAGCCAAUUUCUGGAACACAUGCAAGCACUGUUCCAGGGUCAGGUAUACACGGAUGUGCUCUUCUUCGUGGGUAAGGAAAGUCUACCUGGCCAUCGCUGGUUUUUGGCAGCAGCCUGCCAAGCCUUCCGUGAGCUCUUCUCUGCUAUUGAUCCAAACAGCGAGUGUAGCCCUCUUACUGGCCGCAGUUCCAGCGACACCAGCAUGGUCAGUGCCGUGGAGGUGUCCCAAGGAAGUGCCAACACAGACACAGAGCAGGUGCCAGGUGCAGACACAGAGGUGGCAGGCAGUCACUCAUCGCUUAGUGCCUCACUCCAGACGACGUCUCAAAGCAGCGAGACAACAGAGAGCUCUGGACUCAUUCAUCACCGCACAAGUUGUGAGGUCAACUCUGAGGCCAGCACAAGUGGCGUAGACACAUGGCUUGGUUCGCGACCCAGUGUGCACCUCCCAGCUUUCUCAGCUGUUGGUGUGGAGCAGGACGAAGUGCUGGACCAUCGAGGGCGGCUUUCACCAUCUGCACAAGCUGUAGUAGAUGUUUCCAAGGCUAUCACUCCAGCUGCCAUGCUGCAGUGCAUCAGGUAUUUGUAUACAGGAGAAAUUGACACCACGAACUGUCCAAUUUCGGAAAUUCAGGAUGCUGCAGAUUUAAUUUCUGUUUCAGAUUUGCAGGUAUACCUCACCACCAUUCAGAAGCUAGACUCUUUGAAAAACCCUUCAGUGGACAUGAAAUUUUUGGAUAAGUUGAAGCUGCAGUUAAAAGAAGUUUGCUUGGAUAAAAGUCUGUAUGCAGAUGUACUCUUUCGGCUGGAUGAUGGCUUCUGCUCAGCCCAUCGGCCGUUACUGAUGGCACGGUGUGAAAUGAUGGCAGCCAUGUUCAGUGGAGACUUCCGGGAAAGUUCUGCGAAAGUGGUGCACUUUCCAGGUGUCAGCUGUAAGUGCUUCCGACAUCUGUUGACAUACCUGUACCAGGACUCGCUGUGCAAUGAAGUGAACGCCAGCAACUGUCUCGAGCUUGUCAAGCUUGCUGACCAGCUUUGUUUGCCACGGCUGGUGGCACUCAUUGAAGAAAGAGUUGUCCAAGAGCUCAAUGAUACCGACCGAUAUGCUAGUGCCAAGGAGGAACCUACAUUACAAAAAAAUUCCAGCAAUGUCUACAAAAAGGCUAGUGAGUCCUUGGAGAGCAAUGGAGAAGCACAGUCAAAGAAGCCACUUGGCUCUUCUGAAAGGCUGACCAACUCCCCAGAGAGAGCUGGUGAUGACUCUCAGAAGGUGGCUGGUGUCUCUGAGGAUGUUAUGGAUGUCUCAGAGGUGGCCUUACAGCUCCUGGAACCUUGCCAGAUUCACAAUGCAGACCAGCUGGCUGACUGGUGCCUGUACCGAAUUGCCACCACUUACAAGAAGGUAUUGCAGAACAACCUGAAGCGGCUGCGUAACCUGCACCCUCAGAACCAGGCCUACUUAAACCGAAACCGCUGGCCUCCAGCAUGGUACAUCAAGGAAGAUGAGUUCUACCAGCGAACUAUUCGAGAACAGAGCAACAAUGAGAGACCAGCCAAGAAGAUCUGCUUUGGCCCAUUUUCCUUCAAAGGGUCAAAGGUUCCGAAACGCCAGGCCUAGCCUCUGAGAGAAGUGCAGCUCAUGCUAUGCCACCUGUGAAAAAGAAGCACGCCAAUCACCAAAGCACCCAAUGCCACUGAAGGUUUCUGCAUGGCAGUGCCUGCCUGCAGCCUUUGCGGCAAAGCUGCCAGCUCCCUUUCCCCACAAGCUCCACACUCACUAAGGCAGUGCUGGUCUCACUGCUUCUCACUGGAGCUGUGCAAGGAACCACACUGUGGGGCCCAAGCAAUAUCCUCACUCCCUGCUAAGGCUCUCAAGAGGUGCCUCAUGGCUACAUUUCCAAAGCCUGUACAUACUGCAGCCAUGUGCUUUUUAAAUUGUUUAUUUUUCCUUC